AUGCCGUCGUCGCACCACCGCCACCUUGUCCUCUUCAUUCUCAUCCUGCUCGUCACUGUGGCAUUCUCUGCCGUCGCUGCAGUCGGUGGAGAACAAGACGCGUCCUGCGACGCGGAGUACCGCCAAGAAGACCUCCGGCCGGACCGGCUGACGGUGCUCCUGAGCGGCUACUCGGAGCGGCGGCUCCCGCUCCUCCGCGCCAUCGCGGGGGCCUACGCCGCCCACCCGCUGGUCCUCGCCGUCAUCGUGCUCUGGUGCAACCCCUCCACCCCGGACGACCGCCUCCGCCUCCCGCGCUUCCCGCCGCGGGUCUCCCUCCACCGCACCGCCUCCGCGUCCCUCAACGCCCGCUUCCUCCCGCACCCGUCCAUCCGCACCGCCGCGGUGGCCGUGGCCGACGACGACGUCCUCCCGGACGCCGCGGCCAUCUCCUUCGCGUUCGCCGCCUGGCAGCAGCAGCAGCACCCGGGCUCCCUCGUCGGCUUCUUCCCGAGGUCGCACCGCCUCGACCUGGCCCGCGGGAGGUGGGCGUACGCCGCGCCGCAGCCGGGGCGCUACUCCAUGGUGCUCACCAAGUUCAUGGUCCUCGGCGUGGACCUCCUCCGCAGGUACUCCUGCUCCCCGGAGCUCGCGCCGGCGCGCGCGGUCGUGGACCGGGAGCGCAACUGCGAGGACAUCCUAAUGAACUUCGUGGCCGCCGAGGAGUCCGGGGAAGGGCCCGUGCUCGUGGAGGCCGGCAGCGUCAGGGACUGGGGCGACCCGAGGAACGACGCCAACGCCGGCGCCGGCGCUGCCGCGGAGAUGAAGGCCGUGGGCUUGAGCUCCACAGGCGGCGUGGGGCACCUGGAGAAGAGAGGGGAGUGCAUCACCGAGUUCCACCGGCUGCUUGGGAGGAUGCCGUUGCGGUACAGCUACGGGAAGCUCGUGGUGGCCGCCGUCGGCGAGCAGGGGUUGUGCAGCAAAGGCGGCCGACUCGUCCGGUGCGACCGGGAGUAG